UGACAUUUUGAGCUGGAGCGGCAGCUUGUGUUAUGCUGGUAGCACACUUGUGUAUUUGUGUGCGUCUGUGGUGAGCGCGUGUGUUAGUGUGUGUGUGUGUGUGUGUGUGUGUGUGUGUGUGUGUGUAAUUUUAUGUCCUUUCGCGCUUCAGCUGCGAACACAGAGCACAGUUGUCGGUGUGGACUCGGCCCAUACAGUCAUCGGUCUCCGAAGAGUAUCACAGUUGCGCUUUUCUUGAAGAGCUCGAGCUCUAGGAGCGAUAAAGAAGCGGGAGUUGCGAGCUGAGCUUCCGGGUGUUGUUUGACUAGAGAAAGCGCUCGGUAUUGUCCUUGUAUGACUGGAGCCAAGUCUUUUCCCGUGUUUGGAGCACGGAAUCACUCCCGUUUUGAACUUGUUGCUGGUUCGUUUCCACCCUUUUGCCAAGGGGAUAAUUUUCUGGAUACUUUUGUGUGCAGAGAGGAUUGUUUUAUAUUAGAAAGAGAACUGCAAGCUUUAUUUUUCAAACCAGUCACUUUUACGCAGAGAUGUCCUCUCGCCGCGCUGUGGUUUUGUGAUCGCCCACCAGAGCGUCGAGAGCUCUUCACCAGGACCGGGUCUCACACAGUGGCACCAUGGCAGCGGGAGUGGCGGCGUGGUUACCCUUCGCCCGGGCGGCUGCUAUAGGAUGGAUGCCGGUAGCCAGUGCGCCCAUGCCGACGCCCCCGCCGGACAACCGGCGAAAACAGGACGGGCUCAUCUUGCUCAAUGUCAGCGGUCAGAAGUUCCAGACGUGGCGGAAUACAUUGGAGCGGUACCCGGACACUUUACUGGGCAGCACGGAGCGGGAAUUUUUCUUCCACGAGGAGACAAACGAAUACUUUUUCGACCGUGACCCGGAUAUUUUCAGACACAUUCUGAACUUUUACCGUACCGGGAAGCUGCACUACCCGCGCCAGGAGUGCAUCUCGGCCUACGAUGAGGAGCUGGCCUUCUUUGGGAUCAUACCGGAGAUCAUAGGGGACUGCUGCUAUGAAGAGUACAAGGACCGGCGGCGGGAGAACCAGGAAAGGAUCCAGGAUGACGAGGACAGCGAGAACCAGAACGAUAUGGUCCCGCCGGAUAUGACAUUCCGAGAAACCAUGUGGAGGGCUUUCGAGAACCCCCACACGAGCACUAUGGCCCUGGUGUUUUAUUAUGUCACCGGCUUCUUCAUUGCGGUUUCCGUGAUGGCCAACGUGGUGGAGACGGUCCCGUGCGGGACUUUGCCAAAUCGGGUCAAACAGGUGUCGUGCGGGGAGCGGUACGCCUUGGCAUUUUUCUGUCUGGAUACGGCCUGUGUCAUGAUCUUCACCGUGGAGUACCUGCUGCGUCUAAUGGCGGCGCCCAGCCGUUGGAACUUCAUCAAGAGCGUGAUGAGCGUCAUCGACGUGGUGGCCAUUAUGCCCUACUACAUCGGCCUGGUCAUGACCGACAACGAGGACGUCAGCGGGGCCUUCGUCACCCUGAGGGUCUUCCGGGUUUUCCGGAUUUUCAAAUUCUCUCGCCACUCUGCGGGGCUGCGCAUCCUGGGCUACACGCUGAAGAGCUGCGCCUCGGAGCUGGGCUUCCUGCUCUUCUCCCUCACCAUGGCCAUCAUCAUCUUCGCCACUGUCAUGUUCUAUGCUGAGAAGGGCUCCUCAGCCAGCAAGUUCACCAGCAUCCCAGCAGCCUUCUGGUACACCAUCGUCACCAUGACAACUCUGGGAUAUGGAGACAUGGUUCCUAAAACCAUUGUAGGGAAGAUCGUUGGUUCUGUCUGUUCCCUGAGCGGUGUGUUGGUCAUCGCUCUGCCCGUGCCCGUCAUCGUGUCCAACUUCAGCCGCAUUUACCACCAGAGCCAGCGGGCAGACAAGAGACGCGCCCAAAAGGCAUCAAAGGCAGCAGGCCAGGCGCUGGUGUGCAAAGCCAACCCCAUGUUCGAUACGCACCACAAUCACCUAUUGCACUGCCUGGAGAAGACCACGAAUCAUGAAUUUGUGGAUGAGCAAACGUUUGAGACCAGCCUACUGGAGGUUUCCAUGGCGAAGCACUCCCCCUCCCUCUCCUCUGGCUCCUCCUCCCAAGGCCUGUCGUGCUGCUCGCGACGCAACAAGAGGAAGAGCUUCAACGUGCCCAACUCCAACAUGACUGGAGGGCAUAGGAACAGCAUCCAGGAGCUGAGCACCAUCCACAUCAGAGAGAGACCCAUCACUAACAGUCGCUCCAGUCUAAACGCUAAGUUUGAGGAGACGGUGCCUCUGAACUGCAAGCAACCCUACAUCACGGCGGCCGUCAUCACGCUGCCCAUGCCGCCCGUCACCACGCCCGAGGACGACGGCUCCUCCUCCUCCCCAGACUACUCCCAGGCCAACAUCGUCAGGGUGUCCGCCCUCUAGGCCCCUCGCCCCACCCCCCACCAUCAUCAUCAUGGCAAUCCUAAGAUGGAGAGAGAGAGAGAAAGAGAUAGAGAAGCGAGAUCCUUUCCUGCUCCAAUCAGAGAACGGCGUUUGCAGGAGGGGAAGGGGUAAGGGGAGGUGUGGUGGUUAGGGGGGACAGUUUAGAGGGGGCAAACUAAGGCUGCAGGACCCUACACGUCUGUUCUUUUGGUGAAAUAACGCUGCAGUGUAAAGCUGCAGCACAAAGCCCCGCCUUGGAUUUGUUGGUGGGGAAGAGACUGUGUUGCCAUGGCGACUGAGAUUAGCGCCUAGCAACGGACACACAAAUGGAGAGCAUUUAGCCACCUGGCUAACUAACUGCAGCUACUCCUUCCAAACACUCUUCAAGAGAAAACUCACCAUUACUAUUUUUUCUAUAUUGUGUGUCUUUAAAUGUGAUGUCUUAAAACUGAAAUGGGGGAGGUGGAAUUUGUUUUGGUUUUUAUUGUUUGUUAAGGCCGUGAUUUUGACUACAGGAGAUGUAUAUUUGUAUGUUCUGAAAUGUGUGGAGUAGGAGAGAAAAGAAAAAUACUUUUAAAAUAUUUUGACAAAAAGGAGAGCAAGGGGUGUAUGCACUGUGUGUGCAUAUGUGUGUGUACAUAUGUUCCUACCUUAUCAGAACCAGAAUAUCCGGACAAGUCACCAAAAUGUCCUGACAAGGUAGGAAAACAAGAAAUUGUUUGAAAAGUCAGGACGAAAUUUGUUAAAAUCCAAUUUUAGGCUUAAGGGUUAGGUUUAUGGUUUGGGGUUAGGUUUAGGGUUAAGUUUAAGGUUAGGGUUAGGAGUUAAGGUUUCAGGGUUAGAGGUUUGGGGUUAAGGUUAGGGUUAAGGUUAGGUUAAGGGCAGAGUAUGUGAGUGGAGUGGAGCAGAGUGCCCAAUUUGACUGGAGCACAGAGCGAGAUUCCCAAAGGCUGGAGCAUCAUCCUUCUCGCCCGCUUCAAUUUCACUCCAGUAGCGCUCACUUCAUGAACUCAGGUCAUGUCUGGCCCAGCAUGCAUUUGUAGUCUACUUGUGUGCUGCUAAAGCCCCUUGCUUUAACUACUGUCAUUGAGUUCGCAAAAUAUUUCUGUAAAGAAACUGAUAAACACACAGGUGCUAAAUCAAGGUGUCUUACAAAGAUGAGGACCAAGAUCAAGAGAGGGAGUGCAGUGAUGUAGUGUCCACAACUAAAGAAUCAUUGUGGAAUCUGAAAAGACACAUGUCCCGAAAGCAUGAUGGUGUACUUACUACGGGCACAUGCUAAAAGAAAGGAACGAGGUGGGUAACUAAUUAAAGUGUGUCAUUGUAGCAAAGUAUUUAUCAACUAAAAAUCAGAUCUCCUAAAAGUUUUUGCUCUAUUAUCUAUACAAUACAACACAAUUGAUUUUGUCCCAAUAGGCCUGGCAUAUUCCAACUUUCAAGGAGCCUUCUGUUUUGAUUAGCAUUUUUCAUUGAAUUUGUAUUUAAUUCUAAGUAAGUCACAGUCGAAAUGCGAAAUUUAUAGACUAUAAUGAUUUAAUACAACAAAAUAUUGUUUAAAUGCUGAGCGCUUAAUGUCCCUGGCUCCCUACCAGCCUAGUGGGUAGCACUCGCAAAUGCUUCACAAUGUAUUUCUUUGUAGGCUAUAGCCUUGAAAUAAUUGAACUAAUAUAGCCUAAGUAAUUCAUUUCCAUUUCUUCUUAGUCUCCAUGUCUGGCUCCUGACCUAUUUAGAAUAUGUAUCAGUCUUGUAGUACUCGAGUCUCGAGUUCAUCGGUCUUGGAUACAUUUGUACUCGGUCUUGACUUGUUCUAGGACAGUGAGGACUCAGAAUUUCUUCCCGAGACCAGCAUAGUAAAAAACAAUCAUAAUUAUCAGCUUCCAUUCAGUCAGAACAUAAAACCGCUUCACCAGGCCAAAUAUAUACACUCCUUUCUGGAAACAUUAAGACAGUAUGUUAACAGUCUUUAUAUCUAUAAUAUACAUGUUUCUGCAGUGGUGAACCUAUAGGUCUUCAGUGUGUGACAGGUUAGUACAGUGGUGAACCUAUAGGUCUUCAGUGUGUGACAGGUUAGUACAGUGG